GCAUACUAAUUAGACAUUGCUCGGCCGGUCUUGCGCUAACCACGUGUCAUCAAGUUGUCUGCACCACCGUCAUGCCGUCUGCAGUGAGUUCAGAGAAAGGAGACGCUUCAGAUGCUGCAGACGACCAAAAAAGCGGAAAACAAACGACAGAGGACGAGGCCCCUUCAGAGAGCUUUGAGGUAAAGGGAGAUGCUAUGAGUGAUGGUAGAGUGUUCAUUCUGGAGCGCAUUGCAAUGACAUUGAACAUUGUCGGCCUUGGGAUGACAGAGCCACCCAAAAUAGUGGUUGGACCCCAUGAGGCGGUGCAUGAAAUUCGGCAAGUUGUGUAUGACAGACCCGACACUUGUUAUAGGACAUGUUUUUCAAUACAACUGGAUGGUCAACGGCUUGAUGAGUUUGCUGAGUUUUCAGGUAUCCAAGGACUGAAGGACGGCUCUACAUUGAAGCUUGUUGAAGAACCGUACACUAUGAGAGAUGGUAAACUCCAUGUUCGGCGGGUGCGGGAACUGCUAAGUGGAUCAAUGAUUGGAAGCCUGGGGUCAGCAUAUGGAGCAGGGCAGUCACCCUCUCUUCUCAGUGUCAUUAUGCAGGCUGACCCAGAACAGAGGAUGGCAAGUCGCUCUGUUUCAAAGACGGAGAAAGAAUCUGGAAUUGACUUUAUGCCUCCGGAUUAUGUUCUUCCUCCUGAUGAUGAUGAUGCAACUUGUAGUGUAGGAGAACCACCACUCACACCACUACUUCCCCACUUUCAGGAUUCUAAGCCUCUUGAGUGUGUUUAUGACAUCACUUACAGCUCAUGGAAUCCUCCUCCAGGCUUACGUAGGAUGAAAGGUGAUCUGUUUUACUUGGAUGUAGUAACUCUUGAUCGAGCAAAGUAUUGUAUUACUGCAACGCCAGCUGGAUUUUUGGUUAAUAGGAGUGACGAUGAUCAGUUUAAUCCCAGUCCUGCAAAAGAUCCAUGCAAAGACUACACUCUUAUUGGUUUACUGUCACAGCUGAUUCCAUCAUUUCGGAAAAAUUUUGCUUCACUGACAAAGUCCUUCAUUAAAGAGAAUGUCAUCGAAGAGUGUCCAUCUCCAUUCACGGUUAAUGUGUGGGUAGCUCACAAACAGCAGCACACAAGAGAUUCAUUAAGAGCAAGUGAUUCUUCUACUCUUUGGUCAUUAGUACAGUCUGAUGAAAUCUGUGGCCAGACUCGAGAGUGGAAUGAGGAAUUGAUGCAAUCAAGGGAAAUGUCAAAGGUUACACUCCAACAACGAAUUGUCAGAAUGAGGACCAUGUACAAGUGGGCAGUUGAAUUUACUGCUACAGUUGCUAAAGGCAGCUGUUUGGCAGUUGAUGGUAACAUCUCUGCUCUUAAUCCUACUGAUGACGACAAUUUGUUGAUGUACUUGUGGAACAAUGUGUUCUUCAGCUAUCCAAACAAUUGCAGUAACUUGUAUGACCAUGUUGGUGGGGAUUUGGCAGCUCAUGCAAUUGCGUCAUAUGAUAUCAAGGGCAUUGAGGCUAUCAACAAGAUUGACGUGGAUGGUAUCUGCACUGUUGGGACUGCAGUUGUAGAUUAUCGCGGGCGACGAUUAAUUGCUCAAAGUGUUGUUCCUGGUCUUCUGCGUAGAAGCUCAUCACAAGAGAGCUUAAUCAAACAUGGGGUUACAGAUCAUGGCAAGAAUGUGUGUUACAGUGAAGAAUUUAGCAAACUGUUGGAAGAACCUGCUGAGAAGCUGAAACUUAGGAAGCACAAGGUAUUCAAUGAGAAGAAUGAAGAGCUUGAAAUGCACUUUCCUAUAGAUUGCAAGGGUGUUUGUGGCACUGAUGGCAGAUACUAUCUGAUAGAUCUGUGGAGGCUCUUUCCACCUGAUGCAAAUUUUCUUCAUGUGUCUCGAAUAACCAGGAACCCAACUGAAAAAUCGGUCAGUAGUGAUGAUGAGGAAGUCAGACGUAGUGAAGAAACUGAUCAGUUUGAUUUUCCACAACCGAGGCAUCGAGUCCAUGCUUUAAGGCCUGAGGCUGUCAGUAGUUUUGUACGGUUGAAGUAUUUUAAGUAUCUCCAACUAGCAGCGUUACGAGUGAAUGACUCACGGAAACUUCAAGAGGAUGUGCAGUUGACAGCAGGAAAGGAUGAAGUAGUUGGUGGUGAACUUAGUGAAUCAGAAGUUCUAACCAAGAAAGAGGAACAACAAGAAGGCACCACUCAGCCUUUACUUGAAACAGAUCCUACAAUUGUAACUAAUAAUGGACUUGAUCAACCACUAAGUGAGAAAUGUUCAGCAGAAGAGGAAUUGUCUUCCUCUGAAGUAGUAGCUACAGUCAUAGAUUUUAUGGUGGAUGGUCAAGUGGCGACUAGAACUAAUCCCGAUUCUGUCAAUGAGCCAUUGAGUGCUCAAAUUGAUUCUGAGUCUUCUGGUUUAUCAACCAUUUCAUCUCUUCCUGAAGGGGAGAACAGUGAUGACAAGAAGAGAGGACUAAAUUUGUCAGGUGAGAAAGAGGUGGCAACUUCUGAACAGAAAGAGGUAAAUGGUGAAGUAGCUCAUCAGUUCAAAUCAAGUUCAUCUUUUGAAUUGGAAGCUUUGAGUAAUGCUUCAGCAAACAAAUUUCAGUUUGUAGCAGGUGGUGAUCAAGGAACACUGCAUUCAAAUGAUUCACAGGCUGAAGAAGUUCUACUGACUGCUGUCAAAAUUGCUGGAUCUUCUCUGGAGAAAGAGUUUAAUGUUUUGUUCAAUCCUGAUGUGUAUGGAUCAGCCCAGGUGGCUGAUUCAGAGGAAACUGUAAGAUCAGACCAAUUGUUAAUUCAAGAAGCAUCUGAUCACCUUGUUCAAAAAAUUAUUCCCAAUUUUGUUAAAAGUAUGGCAUCAACAGUAUUGAUUCCUACUGAUGGAAUUGCUCUUACGACUCUUAUGCAUAGUCGUGGCAUUGGCAUGAGGUAUUUGGGUAAAAUUGCUUCACUUGUUGCUAGUAAGAAGAAGCUGGAUCAUGUGUUUAGGAUUUGUGUUCUUGAAAUGUUAGCUCGAAGUGUCAAACAUGUUUUUCGAAUGUAUCUUCAUAAUGUAUCACUUCAAAACACAGCAAGUGUUAUAGCCCAUCUUUUGAAUUGUCUUCUGAGCUCUUGUGAGAACUGUCAGUUGUCUUUUGUGGCUGAUGAACAAAUGUAUGGCUCCAAUAGGCUGAAAAAGAAACGGAACAAAAAGCGUGGAAGUGGAAAACAACAACAGCAGCAACAGCAGCAGCAGCAGCAGCAGCAGCAGCAGCAGCAUGCUGACAAGGGGACAAGUGGAUCAGGACCAGAAUUAGCUGGUGUAACUCCAUUCUCGCUGUGGAAGGAGGUUGUUGGUGACACUAUAAAUUGUUAUGGGUAUCACUUUGAUCAGUGUUCUAGUUGUCAAACUGCAUUGGACAACUACCAGCUUAGCAGGCUGUCACUUCUACGACUUGUUUGCAAGAAAUUAGGUUUUCAGCUAGCUGUUCGUGAGUAUGAUUUCAGAAACAAGAAGCAACCAACUUUCACAGAAGAUGACAUUCUUGAUGUUGUACCUAUUGUGAAGUAUGCUAGUCCCACUGCUGGUGAUACACCAUCUUUGUGUGAUGGAGCUCAAUCAAGAAUGCAUGCUGGUCAGUUUGCGGAAGCUUUGGGCAUUUUGUUUGAGGCAAUGAACAUUUAUCAGCAGGUUUAUGGAGCAAUACAUGAAGAAUUAGGAACAGUUUUCAGGUUGUUGGCUAGAUUACACUACUUAAUGGAAGACUUACCACAGGCUAUAUCGUAUCAAAGGAAAGCUGCUGUUAUUUGUGAACGUGUUCUUGGAAUAGACCAUCCUGACACAAUAGUGGCUUAUGUACAUCUUGGUCUAUACUGUCAUUCAGCAGGACAAAUUAGUGUAGCUCUUCGACUAAUGUACAGAGCACGUUACUUGACUUUGUUGGCUUAUGGUGAGGGUCACCCUGAUUUCGCUACGUUUGAUACUAAUAUUGGCCUUAUGCUCCAUGGAUUGAAAGAGUACAAACUCUCACUUAGGUUUCUAAAGAAUGCCUUGAAACUUCACUCAAAGUAUCAAGGAGAGGAGAGUAUUCACUGUGCAAUGGGACAUCAUCUCGUAGCACGUGCACUUGCAAACACAGGAGCAGUGCAAGAUGCAAUUAAGGAAGAGAGGAAAGCUUAUGCAAUGUACUCAAAAUUGGUGGGUCCUGAUGACGAUCGUUCAAAAGGGAGCCUUGAUUGUGUUAAACAGCUGACACGUAUAGCUGUAGAUAUGCAAAGGAAGAUAAAUGAAACACGCAGUCGCCAAGAACAGAAAUCUACUUUAGACCUAGAGUUUGUAAAUCAAGUGUUGCAUCAUUUUGACCAGCCACAAACUGAUGCUGUUGUAACUGGUCAAGCUUCCACCAGUUCUACUUUGGCAGUACCUUCUUCAAGUGAAACAAUUUUGGAUAUGUCAAAGGGUGACUAGCUACCAUUUAGGUCACUUGUGAAACAUGCUAGAAAUGUUAUAUUGCCAUGACUGAUAUUGGUAGUAACAAGCUGUAUGUAUUGCCAUAUAUUCAGUAAUUUAAUGACAUGCAUACAGAAUGACAUGCUUGAAUUGAGUGGCACUUAACCAGAUUGAUUAAAAGUAGACUGAUGUAC